AUGUUGCAAUCAAAUCCAACAGUUGAUCAGCACAUUUACAACAAGCCAACAGUCUCACAAGUUGGUGCUCUUUGGACAGAAUCACAGACCUCUGAUCAAACCAAUAGCAAACACAUUCAAGUGUAUUCAAAAAGUGGGAAUGCUCAGAUUGUAAAGCACUAUUAUGGCUGCUAUGAUCCAAUGCAAUAUCCACUUAUAUUCCCUAAUGGAGAACCAGGAUGGCAUCUAGGAAUAGAAAAACUUUCAAGUGCACAAAAUAAUGCUACUUCAGGUAAAACCUGUCCAGGAGAAAGAACAAUUCCAGUAGAUAUGUUCAUGACUGCAGAAGAUGUUAUACAUGCUGAAAACCAAGUUGCAGCAAAGCGUAGCAAAAAGCGAAAGUAUGUAUCUUGCAGAGAAUAUUAUUGCUACAAACUGCAGAUCAAACCUGAAGACAAAUCAAUGCUCUUGCAUAUUGGAAGGCUACUCCAACAGUAUGUGGUUGACAUGUACGUGAAGAUUGAAACAUCACGGCUUAAUUUUUUCAAGAAUGAUCAGUACCAUAAUCGCCUUAGGACUGAGUUAUAUCAAGGUCUUCUUGAUAGCUUAUCAACUGGAGAAAUCAAUGGCUCAAAUGUUGGUAAAAGAUUCAUAUUGCCUCGCAGCUUUAUUGGUGGUCCACGCGACAUGAAGCGUCGUUAUUUAGAUGCAAUGACUUUGGUUCAGCAGUAUGGCAAACCAGACAUUUUUUUAACAAUGACUUGCAACAGAAAUUGGCCAGAAAUCAAGAACCUUUUAUUGCCAACAGAGAAGACAGAGAAUAGGCCUGAUCUGAAACGUGGUCUUCCUCAUGCACAUUUUCUUAUCAUUCUAAAGCAUUGCUCUAAGUUAUUGAAUCCUGAAGCAUACGAUCGCAUUGUUUCUGCUGAGCUACCUGAUUUACAUAAACACAGGCAUCUGCACUCUUUAAAAGGUGGAAUUUGCAAGGAUAAGUAUCCAAAACAAUUUGCUGAAUCAACAAGACAUGGUCAGAACUCUUAUCCAAUCUAUCGACGAACUGAUAACAAAAGGACUGUCAAGGUUCGAGGAGAUCAUUUGGAUAAUCAAUGGGUAGUUCCUUACAAUGCAUAUCUUUUGUCCAGAUUUGACUGCCACAUGAAUGUAGAGAUAUGUUCUACUAUACAAGCAGUUAAGUAUAUUUAUAAAUACAUCUAUAAGGGUCAUGACAAGAUACUAUAUCAACUCAGCAAUGGAGAAGCAAAUCAAAUGCUUGAUGAAAUCAAGAAUUUCCAAUCAGCAAGAUGGAUUUCAGCACCAGAAGCUAUGUGGAGAAUAUAUAGUUUUGAUCUUAAUGAAAUGCAUCCUUCUGUAAUGACUCUACCAGUGCAUCUAGAAAAUCAACAACCAGUCACUUUUCCAGAUCAACAAUCUGUUGAUGAUGUUAUAAAAAAUGCACAUUUGAAAAAAACUAUGCUCACAGAAUUCUUUCAGAUGAAUAAGUAUGACCAUUUUGCAAAAAAUUUGAAUUGCCUAUAUACAGAUUUUCCUCAAUAUUUCGUAUGGGAUGCUAAGUCAAGAUAUUGGUCAUUGCGACAGCAAAGAGAUGUAAUUGGAAGAAUUGCUGGAGUUCAUCCUUCUGAAGGUGAAAGGUACUAUUUAAGACUCUUAUUAAAGCAUGUUAAAAAGCCAACAUUAUUCCAUGAUCUAAAAGUGAUUAAUGGCAAAAUUGCUACAUCCUUCAGAGAAGCAGCAGAGUUCUUAGGUCUAUUACAAGCUGAUAAUAGUGUAGAAAUUUGUUUAGCAGAGGCUGUCCUAUAUCAAAUGCCAUCUUCACUUCGUCAUCUGUUUGCUACAAUCUUAGUCUACUGCAAUCCUUCAAACUGUCAAGAGUUGUGGCUAAAGUUUAAGAAUUUUCUUUCUGAAGAUAUUCAACAGAAUAAAACAUUAUCUACAGAAGUAGUCAAUGGCACAGCAUUUUUCAUUGAUGGACCAGGAGGAACUGAAAAAACUUACCUCUAUAAAGCUCUGCUUGCAACUAUAAGAUCACAAGGCUACAUAGCACUUGUUACUGCAACAUCAGGUGUAGCAGCAUCCAUUCUUCCUGGAGGUCGAACUGCACACUCAAGGUUCAAAAUUCCCAUUAAUGAUGAUCAAAAUAAGUACUGCAACAUCAGCAAGCAAAGUGUCUUGGCUCAGCUAAUCAGAGAUGCUAAGCUCAUUAUAUAG